AUGGGAGAUUAUGAAGAUGAUGAUUACUAUUAGUAAAAUGAAUUUAUAGAUUAAGAAGAUUUUGAUCCAUUAAUUCUUUAACAAUAAAACUCUAUUUAAGGGUAUAUUAAUAUUUAAAUUAAGAUAAAUAGUGAAGAGAUUUUGGAAAUGAAAGAUGUUAUGAAAGUGAUAAAUAAAGAAGUAUAAGAGCUUUCAGAGAUUUUGUAUUUCAAUGAAGACAACACAUUAGAAGUAAUAAAUAAAAAAUACUGAAGUUGCUUAUGUAAUACAAUUGGAAUAAAGAAGAUAUAAUUUAAUAAUAUUACUCUAAUUCAGAAAAAUUGUUGGCUGAAUUCAAAAUUAAAGGAAUUAUUAAUAAUCAUGAAAAUAUAAAAUAUAAUGAACUUAUAGAUAGUUGUUCAGUAUGUUUAUGCUAAGAAUAAUUAAUUAAAUUAGGAUGUUUACAUAGAUUUUGUGAAUCUUGUAUAAAAUAGACUAUAACUUAAAGAGUAUAAAAAGAUAAAUUCUUAAUUGUCAAAUGUUUAUGGAAUGGUUGUAAUUACAGAUUGCCUUUUUCAAUGAUUAAAAGAUUUUCAAAUCUAAUUGAAUUUGAAGAUCUUUUAUGUAAAAAAUUUGUUGAAUGUUCAAGAUAUAUGGCAUAUUGUCCUGCAGUUAAUUGUAAUAAGAUUGUAAAACCUAAAUUCACUUCAAUUAAAGAAGUGACAUGUAUUUGUACAAAGAAGUUCUGUUUCUAUUGUAAAGAAGAAUUACAUCCUCCAUGUCCUUGUGAUUUAGUCAAAAAAUGGUUUUAAGAAAUGAAAAAGGAUGAAGCUAAUAUAAAAUGGAUUAUAGUUAAUACAAAAUAAUGUCCAUUUUGUAAAAAACCAGUUGAAAGAUCAUUUGGUUGUAAUUUCAUGAUGUGUAAACCUCCAGGUGGAUGUGGAAAAGCUUUUUGUUAUGUUUGUUCUUAACCUUGGGAACCUGAUCAUAAAGAUCAUUUUAAAUGCAAUAAAUAUGUGCCACCUAAUUAGAUUAUUGAAAAGGAAAAAGAAUUAUUAUAAAGAUAUAAUUUUUAUUAUGAAAGAUUUUAAAGUUCAUAAGCUGCUAAAGAAAAAGCAGAAUAGAGUUUAAAAAAGAUAUAGGAUGAAUACAUAGAUGAAUUAUUUAUUUAUUAUGACUUUAAUAAGUAUGAUACUCAAUUCUUAGAAGAAGUUGUUAAUGAAUUAAUUCAAUCUAGAAUUGUAUUAAAAUGGUAUAUAUAAAUAUAUAUAAGGUCUUAUUGUAUUGCUUACUAUAUAUCUAAAAUUAAUUAAAAGUCAGCCAAAUUAUUUGAUCAUUAUCAGGAACUCUUUGAACAUGCUUGUGAAUCUUUGGCCAUAUCUUUGAUCAAAUUAUUUGAUUAAAUAGAAAUAAUAAAUGUACAACAAUAGGAUAUAUCUAUUAAUGAUUAAAAAAGAUAGUUUAUCAAAAAUAAAGAGAAUAUACAAAAUACUUCCUAAAAAUGUUAAAAAAUGAGAUUAAAUCUAGAAUCAGCUAUUUAUUAAGGAGAUAUUAAUAUGUGA